AUGUUGCGAGCUUGGAGGCUGCAGCGCAGCGAAGUGCAUCCUGCCGUGUUGGGCCUGGGUGUUGCUGAGCGCCCUUGGCGUCCAAAUCCACGGUCAGCCAACAACAGCGAAAUCAGAAGGCCUGAGACGGAUUCACCCGUCCUGGAACAGUCAGAGAAAGCUUACAGAAUCACAAAGCCGACUAGCCCAGUGGAGGCGUUGGACAGGAACGUCCGUGCUUUGUUGAACAAGAUUUGCCCCGAGAACUUGGAUAAAAUUGUGGAAAAGUUGGCCAACGUUGAGUUGCAGAAGGCAGCAGAGCUUGAGUGUGUCAUCAAGGCCAUUUUGGGGAAGGCGCUGGUCGAGCCACACUACUGUGAAACGUACGCAGACAUGGUUUUUGCCCUUCAGAAAAAAUACCCGGAAUUCCCUCCGGAAAAUGAAGGGGAAAGGCCUCUCACCUUCACCCGAGUUAUGCUCAACACCGUCCAGAAUGAGUUCGAAAGUUUGCCAACAACGUUUGAACCUACAGAUGAUGACAAAGCAAAGUUCCCCGACCCAGAAGACUUGCAGAGGGAGAUGAAGAAGAGGAAGGACAAGAUGCUUGCAAUUAUGAAGUUCAUUGGGAACCUCUUUUUGCGACAAUUGCUAUCUAUCAAGGUCAUUGGACAGGUGGUCAAGGGCCUGAUCGGCAUCCAGGAUGGACUUCCGAAAGAUCACAUGAUCGAAGGUGCCUGUGAGCUGCUGCAAGCAAUUGGCUCCACGGUGGACUCCGAAUCCAAGUGUUGCCUCUUGGCCAAACCUUUUUCAUCCUUUCUCUACACAUUCGAGUGUGGCAGUGUCUUGGCUUCAGAGUCCAUCACGCCUCUGAGGAAACUCUUCAAGGAGCAGGCCAAGACGAAGGCGGCUGUUCGAGAUGAGUUUGAUCAAGCUCAGAAGGCUCAACAGAAUGGUCGCAGAAAAGGGCCGGAUAGCGUGUUCUCCUUCCAGACGGCGGGAGCGAGGCCUUCGUACAUUGAUGACAUUGCAAAUCAGAAGGGGCGCCCUCAGGCGGAUACAUGCCCAGAACAUGGUAAGCUUGAGCAAGUGAAGAACCUUGGCAACAAAAGCAGGGGCAAGGGGAAGAUGUGCGUGUACUUUGCAGAUGAUAAAGAUGGGGAGUCUCUCCAGCAAGACUGGGCGAAAGCCCAGCCAAGCGACAAAGAAGCAAAGCAAGGAGUCGAGUGGCUUUUGAAGACAGGGUUCGAGGACAGCAAGAAGGCUGACAUUACGGCGGCAACGCUUGCCGAACUCAUGAAAAGGUGCCUGGUCCCAUGGGACACUCUCAAGGAAUGCUUCUCAGCAUCGCUGUCAGCUUUGCCGGACUUGAAGAUGGAUGCCCCCCAUUGUGACAUCAUGGUCCAUUGUUUGAUUGCACGCCUGCUGAUGUUGGAGAAUUUCAACCAGGUUGUACUGAAGCCCAUGCAGACUUUUGUCUCGCACAAUGAGAACCGGGACCUGGGUUGGAGUUUGAUGCUUGGCAUUGUCAAGAAGUUGAAGCAGGAGAACGCUCAGGAUGUUGUGACAAAGGCUCUCAACAUGAGUGAGUUCAUCUCCUGUGCUGCAACAGCGAGGAAGACAACUGUUCCAAAUGCCAGGAAGCAGUUGCAAUCAGCGUAG